UCUUGGAAAAUAGAGAUGGUGUAAUUGAAGCUGUGUUGAAAGAAAGAGAUUACAAUGGGAAAGCAAGGGAGCAAAGAAUAUGAUCCUUCUAAUGCUGGAAGAAGAAUGUCAGGAGGAGAUUACAGUUUAAAUUCCAAAAUGGUGUGGCUGCAUGGCCUGAAAAGUCAUGACUUUCAUGUUCUAAGAAGUCAUUCUAUGAAGUACAGUACUUGUAAGGGAAGCUAUGUGGGGAGAAAGCAUUUGUGGCUCCGGAAAGAUGUGAAGUCAAUCGUUUUUGUGUUUGUUUUGAUGAGUUUCCUUAUCCUGCUGGAUUCAUUUCUGGUAUCCUUUUUUGAUUCCAUGAUUCUUCAGAACAGUUCAACUUCAAGAAAAUCUCCGGGGCUUAAGGAGGACGAAAGUAAUGCCUACAUUAUGAAAGAAACAUCUCCAGUUCAGAUGUACGAUCGGCUUCAGAAGUUAGCAUCUGCAUCCAUUGCAAAGAAAGAGUCCGAGCAAGAGUCAUCAAGCUUAUGGGAGGAACCAAAUAGGAGGCAAGUUGCUGCCUGGAAACCUUCUGCGGAUAGAAAAGUUUCGAAAAGCCUAGGAAAAUAUAAGAAUAGUAAUGGCUACAUACUAGUCAGUGCAAAUGGUGGUCUCAAUCAACAACGAGUUGCUAUUUGCAAUGCUGUUGCUGUGGCAUCUCUUCUGAAUGCUACUCUUGUUAUUCCAAGAUUUCUUUACAGCAAUGUGUGGAAUGAUCCGAGCCAAUUUGGUGAUAUUUACCAAGAAGAAUAUUUUAUAGAUGUAAUGAAGGAUGAAGUAAACAUUGUCAAGGAACUCCCUUCUCAUUUGGCAUCACUAGACCUUGAAGCAAUUGGAAGCCUUAUUACUGAUGCCGAUCUCGUGAAGGAGGCAAAACCAACUGAUUAUAUGAAAACAGUGCUUCCUGUUCUCUUGAAAAAUGGAGUUGUUCAUUUCCUGGGAUAUGGGAAUCGACUAGGCUUCGAUCCAUUGCCUUCUGAGCUUCAGAGACUACGAUGCAAAUGCAAUUUCCAUGCUUUAAAAUUUGCGCCCGAUAUCCAAAGAGUUGGUUCUUUGCUGGUUAAAACGAUAAGGAAAUAUGAUGCUGCAAUGAGCCUGUUGGACAACCAAUUGCUUGGAGACUUCAUGCAUAGCAUUCACUCAAAACAGCAGGAUGUUGCAGCUAGAGGCCCGUUCAAAUAUCUUGCUCUACACUUGAGAUUUGAGAUUGACAUGGUAGCCUACUCGCUCUGUGACUUUGGAGGUGGAGAAAGUGAGAGAAAUGAACUCCAAGCAUACAGAGAAGUGCAUUUUCCUCUGCUCAUCGAACGCUUAAAGAACUCAAAGUCUGUUUCUCAAAGUGAGUUGAGAAAGUUGGGGAAAUGUCCACUGACACCGGAAGAAGCAGCACUAGUUCUUGCUGGUGUGGGUUUUAAGCAUAGAACUUACAUUUACCUAGCUGGAUCUCAGAUAUAUGGUGGAAACUCCAGGAUGAAUUCCUUCACCGACCUUUAUCCUAAUUUGGUCACAAAGGAAACACUUCUCACACCAAGUGAACUUGCACCUUUUCAAAACUUUUCUUCCAAGUUAGCGGCACUAGAUUUCAUUGCCUGCGCAACUGCUGAUGUGUUUGCUAUGACUGACUCCGGGAGCCAACUAUCCUCCCUGGUAUCUGGAUUUCGAACCUAUUACGGUGGCGGUAAUGCGCCUACUCUGCGGCCUAACAAGAAGAGGCUAGCAGCAAUUUUGUCUGAGAAUAGUACCAUAGGGUGGAACAGUUUUGAAGACAGAGUUAAAAAGAUGAUCGAGGAAGGUCAAAGGGUACAUGUCAGGAGGUUUGGUCGAAGCAUAUAUCGACAGCCAAGAUGCCCACAGUGCAUGUGUAAAUCCUACCUGUAAUGUUUUUCAAACAUUACGUUCAUUUUUUGAUGCCAUAUGAUUCUUUAAUUGGUAGCUGCACAGUUGUAGGAGUUCUUUUCUUUUGCCCUUUUACCAUUUCUGUUCACUUGUCUACCAGUCAUGAAUAUAUUAGUUUGUUCUUGCAAAUAC